AUGACAACAAACCGAUACAACCUACGUCCCACCAAAAAACGCGCCCGGGGAGCCCUCCCGACUCCUAAUCUCCCCAGUGCUAUGCCAGCUACCCCCGUCGACUCCCCCUCGAACAUCAUGGACAAUGACAACAACCCUGAGACAGCCGCUCCUGUAGUGGCUGGAUCGGAGACCUCCGUCCUCAGGACUGUUCAUUCCUAUAGCAAUAUAGUCCAGGCGAGUAGCCCCUGGAUAAGGCCUCGCGCCGCCAGGGAGACAACCACUGAGCAGGUCUCAGUGGCUGACGUUACCCCUGUGUAUAAUACAGAAUCAGUGGAAGACGUAAACGAGAUUUUGAACGAAACCAUACCUCCCGCUCUCAGUGAAGCGGGUCCAGACUCUGAAAGCGAUGAGUCCGACGAUGACGAUCAUCCUUGGAUUGCAGUAAAGCAUAAGAGAAACCAUAAGGGAACCUCUUCGGGGGAAAACGAUAACGCGGAUGAGAGUUCACCCGCAUUAACUCGAGAACAGCGAAACCUCGGAAUGGGGGCAGCGGACCUGGAUGAGGAAGAGCUUGACGCAGAUGCCCAGCGUGUGGCGUUCAAAGCCUGGAAUGCUGCGAAAGCUGCUGCUGAGGAUACCGACGCUGAUCAGGAAAUGAAUGACUCGUACCGAUGA